GCCAACUCAUCAUCCAACAACUCCGACGCCUACAUCCAUCAAAUAUGCACCCAUCCCCUUCCCGCUGUCCAUUCCCACCGGGACUCAUUCGCCUGCCCGGCAAACCGCCUCGAUCUGUGGCAGCGGUGAGAACCUCAAGUCGUGAAACAUUGGCAGGUGCCUGAUCCCACGCAGCCGGAUGAGGGCUUUGGUAACUGGCGGCCAUUCUGCAAGCCGUCCAGAAGAUUGAAUAUACCAUAUCAAGCUAUGCGGUAGUAGUGACAGCAGUCAGGUACGUGAGCCGACCAAGUGGUCGCAGCUGCCACGAAGGAUUAUUGGUUUUGGGAGUGAGAUUGGGUCGAACCGAGUCACGUUUGGGUGAUACAAACGCAGUUCCAUCUGUCACAAGUGGAAAUUUCGCACCUAAGAUGAACGAGCGCAUUAUGUUUGCACUGAGCGCGCUGGCGUUAAUUUCCCUUCGUUUCGAACUUUCUCAGCCAGGCAAGCUGCCGUGUCUCGAUCUAUGUCCAAUAUUCCACUUGUUUCCAAUCAUCGUUCUUUGCAUCCCUCUGCCACGGAAGCAUCCGACCAGCAGGCAGCUUGCCUUGCAGGAAUCAUGCUGAGUUGCAAGAGUAGCCAGUGAUUUCCUUCUUUGCGUCUUCUCUGCUGGGUGCUAUCCUUUCCCAACCGAACGUGGAAGAUAGUAAUUGCUGGUUCAUUUGUUACACCAGAGCCUCAUUUGGGCUCAACAAUCGAAGUCGGCGGCAAGGCGAACAAACAUUACAUUGUAGUCACUCAAAAACCGCCUUUGGACCGCCAGUGGAUCCAGCUCAACCUCUCCCAGAGAUCGACGCUGCACUAUCAUGAGUGAUAUCGGGCUUCGGAAACGUUGCCGUAGACGCAGAAAUGGCUUUCCACAUAUCUAUGCGACGUCGGGUGCCCAUUAGGGUGGCAACCUCUUCAAGAUGAGGCGAGAUAGGGUUCUUAUAAGAAAGGGAUUGUCACGUCAAAGGAGGAUGGUCAUAUCUCAAACUCUAUCAGCGUAAUACAAGAUUCUCGCAACAUUCUUCUUUCAAAGUAUUCUCACUAUACCACCAUCGUGCUCCAAUUUCCUCGAUCCAAAGUAUCUCAACAACGCACUCAGCCAUCUAAGAUUACCUUCACGUAACUGAGUCACAUAUACCACCUCAUCAAAGUCAACAACCAACAACCUACAAGAUGUGCUACUGGUACUCGCACCUAUACAACUGCAAGCACGUCACUUACGCGCUGGGAAAAUACUGCUCACAAGCGGGCCUUGUCCAAACACCUUGCAAGAAGAAGCACAUCUGGCAGACGAUCCGCAUGGGAGAAGAUUGUGAGGAUUGUGCCAUGCCGGAAGGGCGAGGCAAUAAUAUCGUAGACAACGGAGGGCCAGUUGGAGGAGGUGGAGGGGUAGUUCAACACAAAAUUGGAGUCAAGACAAAGAAGAAGGGGAGGAGAUAGAUUGAUAAUGGAAAAGGGAUGGGAAUGGGAGAAGUUUCACGCCGCAUGGAGCAUUGACGAUUGGGAGCGAUGGCGUACGGGUUAGGGAUAUGAUUUAGAACAGGCAUACUGGGAUUGGUCUAGGCUCGGAUCUUAUAGAUUGGAUGGAUACUGGAGUUCACUAGAUGGCGUUCUUUGUUUUCCUGUCUACCUAGAUUCGUCCCAGAUGGUCACGUGAGCUACUGACUUGCAAUUGAGGGUCAGUCUCUUGGAUGUCUUCAUACCGAGGGUCAUAGAUAUGAUGAAAUCGUGUUCUAUACAUUUAUAGGCAGUAAUAUUGGUACCAUGAUCCAAAUUUCCUUCAAUAAUACAUUCAUCUUGCUGAGCUUCCAGGAGACUGAAUUUAGUUUAGAGCGGGGCUCCAGUCUCCCAUUCGUCUCGGCUCAGGAUCUUCCCCACCCUAAUACAUCACCCACCGACCAGAACUCACCAUAUCCAUCUGUAUGCGACAGGUAAAUCACAACUCAAGAUACGUCUCGUGUGCAUAUUGGCUCAAAAUCUCAUGUCCAGCUCCGCAAUCUUCACUGACUUUACUCUCGAACCCCUCGAACCUCGUUGGAGUACACCUUUGCGAAUCGAGUCGUGAGUGGCCUCUAAACUUCUUUGUCAACAGGGACCGAACCCUGGAACCAAUCUAGCAGUUUAAGGCAGCUGGAGUAUCAACCAAAAUCUAUCCUGAAUUGGUGCAUACAAGAUAUGGAUGUACAGACCAUGAGCAUGCUUUUGCCAAACAUGGUCAUGCGGAAGUCGCGAACAUCCCCCAGACUUCCUGGAAAAGGAUACUUGUCUGCAUCCAUGGGUGGCUUUUACGAUCUCAAUAGACACGAGAUGACCACUCUCACCCCAAGCCACCACGGUGAGCAGUCAGCUUCACCAUGUGCAAAGGAAGCUAGGGCAGCCGAUGCUGACAAAAAUUGGACAUCAUGGAGAAAAUAGUACUGACUGACUGAACAGCUGAGCACCACUGUUCCGGCGACAAUUGAUACGACAUACAUCUCAGGCUGGUAGGCUCAUUGGUUAACCGCCUCUGUCAAGUGUCAAUUGCUUGCAUAGGGAUUGGGCGGAUCGGAAGAUUGAACGAAGGCUUGCAGCAAUGGGAAUUUAGUAACGAAAAAACCUGACAUCAGAGAGACUACAUUUAUGACGCAUACUGAUCUUGUAUAGAUGGGCAAACAUUUAAAAAGUUGACAGCUUAGACUUUGCCCUCUGUUCAGAGGUCUAUUGUUUACCGGACGAAACCAGGUAAUCGCACACUCGUCCAAGUAUGAAGCUGUAUUGGCAGUAUUACUGAUUCUGUGGCUUCUUUUUCAUCCAUUAGCUUUGCAACAUUCCUGAAACUGCUUUCGCUUGCCAUGUUUUACUUCGAGGCUUUCCUUCAUCAACCGUCAGCUUCAGGGGCUCAUUCACGCAAUUCCGAAUGUGUGGAGCUGAUUUAUGGUCGAAUGCUUCAUCCAAGGAAGUUGACAAGGAAUGCUGCCACAUUCCUCCUUUUGCUGACUUAUGUGUUAAGUGCUCUCCCAUGGUAUUCCUGAGUCCUUCCAAGAAGCUUGUUUUGUAUAUAUUGCUUAUGCCAUUGACUUUCUGUAUCGAUUCAUUUCCCUAUUUGUGCCGCAGCCACGGUCCUUUUGAACGUGGGGUGUAUUUCCGCAAUAUUGGAGACUUCAUCAGCCAAGCUAUAGGAUUGGGGUGACUGCGCACUCGCUGUCAAAGCACAUUCUCCAGCUUGAAGCAAUAUAUGACGGCAGGAGGUCUCCCUUGUUCACAACUGAGGAACCUUUGAGACAAAUGAGACUCAAUUUGAUCUCUUGUACUUUGAUCGAGAAAAUCUUAAUUAAGAUGCAGGUCCCAAGCUUCCAGGAGUUGGGGUCAAUUGUGGGGUGUCCCUUUUACAUAACAACGCUUAUGCCGGUGCUCGUGUGGCUUCCUUUUUGUGUAACUACCGGGUUGGCAGCGCUACCUUAUAUGCAAAGAAUUAAGGCACAAUUGUGCAAGGUGAGGGGAACAAAAAUGGCUUCUCGACCUGAUAUUACAUGCAGGAAGGAGGCGAACCAAAACACUGGCCCAAUACAAUCACGAGAUGCACCGAUUUACCCAGCGUCAAGCAGCGGGUCGGAACAUCCUGAGCCAGAUCCUUACCCCACUUCUCUGGAUCGAGAGUGCUCGUCAAGUUGUUUUAGGCAAAGUCCCAAGUUAGACGACGGAAAUCCAAAACAAGACGCGGUACUCCUUACCCCUUUUCUGGGAAAAUUUAAUGGCACAUUGGGAAAGCAUGGGUAAACUCGGCGGUUUGGGCGGUAGCGAGAGGCACAAGACCUCCAGAGGCGAGAAAGUCACCAAUCACCCGAGGAACAAAUCGUUCAUGCCCUUGAGAUUGCGAUACAACCCUGCGGAUUGGAUCAGAGGCAAGGAAAGUAGUCCCGAACAGCAAGUCAUAUUCUCCCUUAAGACACGGGAAGAAAAGCAAACGUUUUUUAUGAAAAGUUUUCACUCAUGGAUCUUGAAUGACUGUGUUCUUGUACGACUAUGGAAAUCCGGGAAAUACAUCAUGUUCCCUGCUCUCCACGAGGUUCCAGAAUUACGGAGAUCAAGCAGUUAAUCUGAAUUGCCGUUCGCCUCUGCAAUCUGUUCCAUAUCCAUCGACUGCUCUGGCUCCAAACGCUCUCCGUUAGAUUGACUGACUAGUUGCCUUUUUCAAAGGAUUUGGCUGGAGUCACAUUGUGACUCGCCUAUGCGUCUUGGUUCGUCAUGGUUCAGCAGUUGAACACGGCGUGUUUGAUCAUUAUAGUCGUAGUUGAGGUUGUCGGCUCCAUAUUUUGUCUGGGGAGGCUCGGUUCCAGAAUGGUGGCAUCGAGGAGAUCCUGGCGGGGCUUGAUGAUGUGGAGUGACAUUUGUAUGUUAGCAGCUUGGUUCCUGUCGCUGGGAGAAACCAUAACGAUGUACAAAGUAACUGAGUACGGUCACUAUGGCUACCAUCGUGAAGACACAUUCAAACUUAAGUACGACAUGGUUCUCAUCUGGAAAUACCUCUACGCAAAUGGCAUCACCUACAAUCCUAUCCUCGGGCUCAUUAAAGCCUCAAUGAUUCUACUUUACCUGCGGCUUGGAGGCACUAAAACAGGCGUCCGCACUGCUUGUUGUGUUCUUUUUAUUUUCAACUUCCUCUUCAUCACAGGUGCUCUCAUGGCAGACAUCUUCCAAUGCUGGCCUAUUACCUACACUUGGAAUCGCUAUGCUAUGGAUCGAGCUGCACAGAUAGCUGCUGGUGCGACAGACCCAGGCGUGUACUAUGGCUACCCGAUACCGACAGGAUUCAAAAAUGGUAAAUAUGUCCAUGGGGGAGAGUGUAUUGACAUGGGGAACUUUCUCCUCAUCACCGCUGGCAUCAGCAUUCUCACCGACUUGCUGAUCUUGUUGAUUCCGGUGUAUAUGGUCUACGAUAUGCAACUGACACCAAAGAAAAAGUCCGUGGUUCUAUUGGUACUAUGUAUGGGGGUGGCAGUCACGGCAGUAGGCAUCACUCGCCUAUGGAUACUCUUCCGCAAUUAUCACCCAAGGAAAGGCCAAGACUGGAGUUACAGCGUCAAGUCAACAAUAGCUAAUAUCGAAACUGGAUUGGCGCUAGUCACAGGAUGUAUUCCCGACCUCUUCCCCCUCCUCCGUCUGUUUUUCCCCAACUUCCUCCGCUCCGAGCCUCACCUGGCACCCAAUCCCUACCCCGUCAAAUCAGAAUCUGGGUCCUCUGUCUCUCGCCGCAUGCGCAACGUCUUGACGUCUUCAAGAUCCAGACACAGAACGGCCUUUGAUGAGGAGAGGAGUAUUACCUUCGGACUGGAGACCUUUGGUUGGAGAAGCGAUGAGUUACGAAUGGCGGAUGUGGAUGGCAGCUUUGAUGGUGGUGGUACUUCUAGUCAAGGGUCAUUGACAAGGAGUGAAGAGACAGCUGUUGAGGAAGUGAACAAUGCGAAUGAUGGUAUUUUGAAGACCACCAUGUAUGUUGUGAGGAGUAGACAGAACUCGGAUGAGCAAAGUCGUUGGAGUGUUGUUUGA